GGCUGUCAUGUGUCAUAUGAUAAUAUGCGUAUGUUUACAUCGUAGGUUAAUUUUUAUUUGAAGAUUUGAGUUAAGAAAAAGGGAGUAGCAUCCUGCCCGAUUCAGAAAUCGAAGCAAUUGAUAAGUUGCCGUAACUUAGUUACGAAAAUCGCUAACGGCUCCAAGGACCAAAUAAUUAUGGAUCACUAUCACAACUUCUGACACAUAUUAAGUAAAGGCGCUAUAAUUUCUUGAAGAACCUGAGAUCCGCAGCAAGUGCGUUAGACAUGGACUCCAAAGAUAAAGAACAGAAGCCCGGAGAGGGUAUACGAUCAAUGAGAUCGACUACAGCAUUUCGAGUAAUUAAUUUCGAACUCUAUGCAAAGCCCAACAUUGUUAUUAUGACUAUUGGAGCUGCAUGUUUUACUUUUGCACUUGGUUAUAUUGCAUACAUGCGAACAAAAUAUGAAUCAAUGGGAUACUACGCUGCUGUAGAUAAAGAUGGUAAAGAGAUUUUUGAGAAGAAAAAAUCUAAAUGGGACUAAGUUAAAAUGUUUUUUUAGAUUUAAUCAAAGUUAGUGAUGUGCAGUGAACUUUUUAUAUUUUACAGUAAGUUUGCUCCUAUACAAACUUCCAUACAAAACUGUGCUUUAUUUAUUUAAGCUAUUAUUUAAAUGUACAAAUAAACGGUUAGAACCAUA